CUUUUAAUUUCCCCUGAAAAACAAAAGCCACUGGUUACAUCCUGGACCUGUUUAUUAAUUUGUGGCGAUGAGCAAGAUGAAUAACAAGCAAGAUAUCAUGAAGACUCAGGCUUGUGUUCUUAGGGUGAAUAUACACUGUGAUGGCUGCAAGCACAAGCAUAUAUAUGGUACCACAAUCAUAGCUGCAAUUUGUCUUGAACAUUUUACUGUAUUUCAUUUCUGACUUUUGUUUUCUAGGUUUUGAAUCUCAGUAUUGUGCUGAAAUUUAUUUUGUCCAAACUCCUUUGGAUUCAAUUGUCUGCUCCGUCCCUUUAAUUUGACUUUUGGCAAUCAAAUGAGACAAAAUUCAAUCGUUAAUUUAACAAAAAUAUUCGCAUUACUUAUUUUUUCAAAAAAUGAUUUAAUUGGAUUUGUCCGGUAUAUUUUUUUUUAAAAAAUAUUUUAUUAGUACAAAUUAAGUAUAGUAUAUUGUAAUAUGAAGUAUUUACUCCAUAUUUAAUUGAUGAUCAAACUUCGUCCAGAUUCGUCCAAAUUGCAAAAAGUCAAACUGGCCAGUAUGUGUCUGUCUUUUCUUUUUUGGAUUUGUUGCAAGUAUACCAUAUUUUGAAAAAAAAUACUUGAUUCGCAAAAGAAUAUUAGUUUUAAGGAAAUUGUUAGACACAUGGAUUUAUGAACUUGUAUUGUUAAAUUUUGAGAUUUUCUCAUAAUAUAUAGUUUUUUUAAGUAGACAUUUUCUCGUAAUAAUUAAAUAAAAAUACUAUAGAAACUGAAAAAUUAAUCUAAAACUCUAAUAAAUCGGAUAUGGUAUUAUGCUUUUACUUUUUUAGUAGGUAGUCUUAUCAUUAUUGUGCUGUUUACUUUAUCAUGGUGUAUAAAAUAUUACCCAUUGAACUUUAUUUGCUUUUAUUAUUACUCCGUAUUAUUUAAAGGUACUGUGUGGCGUGCUAAAACAUCAUUGUGUUUUGUAUUUUUUUUUCCCCAAAUCUUUGUACUCCAAUCUUUUUUCUUUGUUUUUUAGGAGUUUAUGGUGUGAAGAUAGAUGCAGACAAUGGGAAAGUGACAGUAACUGGGAAUGCUGAUCCAGCAACACUUUUGAAGAAGCUUGAGAAAUCAGGAAAGCAUGCUGAACUAUGGUCUCAAAAGGGGAAUACUAAUAAUAAUAAUAAUAAUCCAUUCAAGAUGAUGAACAACCAGUUCAUGAAUUUGGAGCUUGGGGAUUUCAAAGGGGGAAAAGACCCGAAAUCGCGGGGCAAAGGCGGGGAUAAUAAGGACCAGCAGAAGGGUGGGGGACAUAUGAUGCAAAAUCUCAUGAAGGGUGGUGGUGACAUGAUGAUGAGAGGCCCUCCCCCCAACCCCAAGGGCCAAAAGACGGUCAAGUUCGAUUUGCCCGAGGACGAGUUUGAUGAUUGUGAUGAUUCCGAUGAGGACGAGGAUGAGUUUUAUGAUGACGACGAAGAUGAUGAUGAUUCGGCCGAUGACGAGCUAAUUGAAGGUGGUGGCCGCCGCCACCCUCCACCGCCCUCCUCCAAGUCCAAGACAAAAAAUCAAAAGGAGGGCGGUGUCAAGGGUGGCGGCGGCGGCGGGUCCCGUGGUUUCAGUGGGAUGAUGAACAUGUUGAAGGGUGGGGUUGGUAAUAAUGGCAAAAGUGGUGGGAAGGCCAAGAAAGGUGAUGGGGUUGAAAUCCCAAUGCAGUUCAAGGGCUUGACUGGUGGUGGGAAUCACAAUGAUGUUGGUGGUAAGAACAUGAUUGGGGGCAAAAAUGGAAAAGGUGGAAAAAACAAUGGUCAAUUUGUUGGUGCUGCAGGACCUCAUGGUAAUAAAAAAGGUGUUGGCCAAAACAAUGGGGGUGAUAAUUGGGGUCACAAAGGUGGAGGCCAGCUUAUGAUGAACAAUCCCCAGAAAGGAUUAUUCCAUGAAGGUGGUGGUGGUAGAGGCAUGGGCCAAAUGGGACCCAUGGGCCAUUACCCGAUGAUGGGCAAUCCGGCGGCCGUCCAAGGCCUUCCCGCUCCGCCGGGCCCCAUGAAAGGCGGCGGCGGCGGUUAUUUCCCCGGGAUGAUGGGGCCAGGCGGCGGCGGCGGAAACCCAUACUACCCUCAUCCGCAACAACAGCAGUACAUGGCUCAAAUGAUGAUGAACCAAUACCAGCAGCAGCGACCGUACGGGUACGACAUGCCCGGUGGCGGCACGGGCACCCAUCCGAUGAUGUACGCGCCGCACCCGCACCCGCACCCGGCAAUGGGCUACGGGCCGCUGAUGCACCCGCCGGCCAACGACAACUUCACCCACAUCUUCAGUGAUGAAAACACUGGUAGCUGUAGUGUAAUGUAAAUCUGUUUUACCAUUUCACCCUUUCUGAAGACUUGCUGUAAGGAGGUAUAAUUAAUUACCUGCCGUAGUUUGGUGUGGUAAUUUUUGCUGUGGUAAUUCUCAAAGAUUGUUUUGAAUCUAUAUAGCCUAUUUUAUUGCUUGUGGGCCCCAUAUGUUCCCACCCAGUUUCAGCAGGAAGUGAAAUGCUUUCCUUAGACGAGGGUGUGAUAUGAAACAACAAACAGUGUCGCUUGUGUUUGGGGACCAGAAAAAUCUAAGUGACAAGGGGUAUGGGAUCUUCCGCUUUUGGUAAAGAGUAAGUUUUUAGUAGGAAAGAAGUUUGUUUUAUGUCCUUUUGUGUACCAAAGCUACUCCCUCGGUUUAACUUCUCGAUUAUGGGUUGAGAUACCAUGUUUGCUUAUGAUAUUUUAGAUAUUUUGAAUUAAAUUGUGUACCAAAAAAUGGUACCACACUUCAUACUCUUUUGCCAGAGAUAUCAACAUUAGAUGGAAUAGUACUUACAAAUUGAUUGCACAGAUCCUAAGAUAUAAAGAGGAACUUGCUGAAUUUUUUAGGGAUGAACUUCGUAUAAUCAUUAAUCCUUUUGAAUUUGUUAUUGUUGAAAAAUUGAAUGCCGUAUUAGAAGUUUUUAAUAACGCAACUCUUACUUUUUCCCAUGUUUACCAACCAACUACAAAUACAUUUUUUAAAGAGUGCAUUACAAUCGCAACAUGUUUUCGUGAAAGUAUGGCUGAUCCAGAUUUGUACCCUUAUGUCUCUCCUAUGAGAGAUAAAUGGUGUACUUAUUAUUUGUACAUUCCUGAUAUUUAUAAAAUAGGUAUUAUUUGUGAUCCACGAUUUAAGAUUGAAAAUUUUAAAAUUCUAAUUGAGUAUUACUACAGUUGUUUUUUAGAUAAAAAUAGUUAUUACUACAGCUAUUUAGUAGAAUGGAAAAAUGAAAGAGAUAAUGCUAU